GUCUGCUCUGCCAGAGGAUGGAGCAGAUCAGUGACCCCAAAGUGGCUUUCGCCCUCCUGCGUCCGGCCUGCGUGCUGCUGACCAAGGAGCAGACGGUGGCGAACGUGGAGCAGCUUAGCGCGCAGCUGCGGUGCGUGGACGACUGCGCCCUGCAGCAGCUGCAGGAGUACAUCAUCUUCCCGCUGCGCUUCGUGCUCAGGACGCCCGGGCCCAAGAGGGAGAACCUGAUCCAGGCGGCACUGGAGGGCAUCGGGUACGUCCUGGCCCGCACCUGCGUGCGGAGCUGGGACGUCCUGCGGGAGCUGUUCUCCGAGCUGUGCCUCUGCCUCUGCUUGCCGGGCGACCCUGGGAAGCCCGCGCCCAGGUCGGACGAGCUGAAGGUCUCGGCCCUGCGGGGCCUGGACACCCUGCUGCACGCAGCCUACGGGGACAUCCUGUUCCAGCUGUACGCGCCCGCCAUGCUGCCCGGCCUGGGCGCCGCCGUCUCCCUGCUGCUGGCCCUGGGGGAGCAGGAGGGGUCCAGGGAGGUGCGGACGGCCGCGCUGAAGUGCCUCCAGGCCCUGCUCCUGCGCUGCGACUGCCCCGAGGAUCACGUGACCGCCAGCCGGGACGAGGUGCGGCUCCUGGGCGGCACCUUCGCGUCUUUCCUGCCCGGGAUCACCCUCGCCCUGUCGCGGGUGGCCGCUGCCGACGUCAGGCAGGGCCACGCCGUGACGGUGAGGGCCAUAAGGGUGUGGUACCAGACCGUGGGCCUGGUCAUGGCCGACGAGCAGCUGUCGGACCCGGAGGUCGGGGAGGAGCCCACAGGGGAGGAGCUGGGGAGGGUGGGGGAGCUGGUGGUGCGGAGGAGCCCGGCCUGGGCCAAGGACACCUCCGGGAAGCUGGGGGUCCUCCUGCGGAAGAUCGUAUCCUGCGCUUCGGCUCACCAGCACUGGAAGGUGAGGCUGGAGGUGGCGAGCCUGGCCGACCACCUCCUCUCCACCUGCUGCAAGUCCCUCGGGGACUGCCUUGGCCCCCUGCUGGAGGCCCUGGUCGCCAUGGUGAGCGACGAGAGCCCCGCCGUCCGGGACAGGUGCGAGGCGGCCCUGGAGAGCGCGGCCCGGAGGAACCGGGACGAUGGCGGCCACGCCUUCGAGGACGUCCUCUCGGAGAACCUGCACUCCCUCGCCACGUCCCUGCCCCGCCUCAUGAGGACGUCGGAUGACCGGCAUAAGCUGUCCGUCCUCUGCGCCUUCUCGGGGUACCUCAGGAUACUGGGCCCGGGGGUGACGGCAGUGCUGAGUUCGGCCGCUCACCUGCAACGCAUCUCCAAGGCACUGAUGCAGGUGCUGGAGCUGGACGUGACCGAUGUGCGCAUCGUCGAAGAGAGGGGCUCCUCGAACCCGGUGGGAGACGGGACGGGUCCUCAGGAGACGCGUACCCAGAAGAAGCACUUCCUCUACUUCACAGACGAAAAGAUCUUCUCCGCCCUUCAGCAGAUCUGCAGGCUCCUGGGAUACUAUGGAGACCUCUAUCUCCUGGUGGACCAUUUCAUGGAUCUCUACAGGGAGUCUUCGGUUUAUAGGAAGCAAGCGGCCUUGGUGCUUAAUGAGAUCGUCACAGGGGCAGCCGGGCUGGGCGUGACGGUCACCCAGGAGCGUAGCCCAAGGAGUCAAGACGAUCUGAAUGCAGCUGCAACGUCGAUCAUUGAGGAAUACAUCAGCCAUAGCAACUGGCACUUGACGACCGUUUGUGAGCAAUCCGAAAAGGUGGAGGAGGGACAUUUCAGCAGGUCUAGGGUGCUAUCUAUCACCAACAGAGCGGAAAGAGACUGUUUGCAGCUCCCCACAGAGGCAAAAGGCUCCACCAUCCACCAGCUGAACAGCAACAUCUGGCAGCUCUGCAUCCAGCUGGAGGGGAUAGGAGCCAUGGCCCUGGCCCUGGGGGCGGACUUCCAGCUGCUCCUGAUGACGGCGCUCUACCCCGUGCUGGAGAAGGCCGGAGACGAGACGCUGCUGGUCAGCCAGGCGGCCCUCUCCGCCAUGUGGGACUUCUGCCGGGCCUGCGGCUACGGCGCGCUCAGGGAGCUCAUCGCCUGCAACUCGGACUACCUGCUUAACGACGUGUCGCUCAACCUGCGGAGGCUGGCCCUGCACCCACACGCGCCCCGCGUCCUCGCCGUCAUGUUCUGCCACUCGGACGCCGGCUUGCUGCCGCUGGUGCACGACGUCGUCCAGGACGUGCUGGCGGCCCUGGACCAGAGCUACGACGAGCGGGCGCCCGUGUUCUGCGCCGUGCUCCACUCACUCAUGAACGCCAUCGUGAGGUGGUUCCCUGGGGAGCCCCCAGGAUCAGCUGGGGCCAAAAGGGUGGGGUCCAACCAUGAGGAUCCACUGGAUGUGAGGCAGUUUCUCCUGGAUUACCGCAGGCAGAAGGAGCUGGCAGAGGGCAUUAUAGGGGAUGAACAGGAUGAAGACGAAACAGACGCCCCGCCGCCAGCCCCCGAGAGCGACGUGGACGUGACCAGCCCUGACGUGAAGGCCGAGCUCCCCUCACACAUCGUCAUAUCCAAGGAGGUGAUGGAGAGAUGCAUCCACCUGCUGGCCCACCCCAGCGUGCGGCUCAGGCUCAAGGUUCUGGACGUGCUGGAGCUGUGCGUGCUGGUCCUGCGGGCUCAGGAGAACGAGCUGCUGCCGAUGGCGCACCGCUGCUGGCCCGCCCUCCUGCAGCGGCUCACCAACGAUGACCCGCUGGUGGUGCUGCGGGCCUUUAGGGUGCUGUGCACUCUGGGAGAAACCUGUGGGGACUUCCUCAGGAGGAGGGUGUCCAAGGACGUGCUGCCGAAGCUCGCCAGCUCCUUGCUGAAGCAGGCCCCGAUCAGUGCCAAGGCUGGGCCCAUCUACACCCACACCCUGGCCUAUAAGCUGCAGCUGGCUGUGCUGGAGGGCCUGGGAGCCCUGUGUCUUCGGCUGGACCUGGCUGACACUGAUCUUGAGUCAGUAUCUGAGGCCUGCCUGCCCUACCUGAGCUGCAGACAACCAUACAAACUGCAAGAGGCCUGUCUCUGUGUUUUCCAGUAUAUGACUCAGAUGGACCCUGACGCCAUGUGGUUUACCCUGAAUGAACUAUACUGCCCGUGCUCGUACGAGCCCCCACACCCAGACCUGAGUACCGUGCACCUGGCGGGAAUGGGUCGAAGCAGGAAUGAGUACACAGACAAUAUUCUCAAGCUCCUGGAGGAGAUCCGCUGACAGGAAGGUGGCCAAUAACCAUGGGAACCGUCAAUAAGGUGGCUGGGGGGG